GAAGAAGAGAGAAUUACUAGCGUUAAUAAUUCAAGAAUUGGAAACCAUUUAUUUAAUUAUAGUAAUGAUUUCAUUAAUAGUGAGAAACAAAAGUUAACCGCAAAUGUCAGUACAUUUUGUAAUAAAAAUAGAGAAUUAACUGUCAAUUUAGAGGAAGAUAUCGAACCGAUAAAACUCUUGGAACAAUCCAUGUCUACACCAGAAAACUCUCGACUUGAAUGUGCAAUCGAUGGCUCUUUAGCCACAUCUGAAACUAACUUAGAUCUUGAAGACGGCGAAGACAAUGAAUUACAAGAAAUUCCGUUAAUGGAUGAGAAUUGUUCACAAGACAACUUUAAUCAGUUUAAAGGCUAUUCAAUUGAUAACCAUUUAAGGGUCGGUUUAAAUAGCAAUUGUGCGGCGCCUCAAACCAUUGAAGAAUACGAGCAGUUAUUGUCUGAAAUCCAAUGCAACAAUUUGACGACAUGUCCGGUGUGUGCGAAAGUGUUCAUCAAGAAGUCGAAACUGAUCCGUCACUAUCACACGCACUUC